CCCCAACGCGCCUGCGCAGCGAGGGCCGCCACACGCCAACGAGAUGAAGGUUCCUGUGCUCGGCUGGUGGAGACUCAGCCUGGGCCGCGGCGCCGCGAUCCGGAGGCCGAACUCCCAGUGGAGUGUGGUGACCGGGCUCGGCGGCUGUCCUGCCUGGGAGGACGGCAAGGACGCCCGAGGCCGUGACAAACCACCCUGGCGGGUGCUCUUCUUCGGCACGGACCAGUUCGCCCGGGAGGCGCUGAGUGCGCUCCACGCCGCUAGGGAAAACGAAGAGGAAAGGUUAAUUGAAAAGCUGGAGGUGGUCACAGUACCCUCGCCAUCACCAAAAGGAGUGCCAGUGAAGCAGUAUGCUGUGCAGUCUCAGCUUCCAGUGUACGAGUGGCCCGUAGUGGGCUCUGGAGAAUACGACGUAGGCGUGGUGGCUUCGUUUGGCCGGCUUUUGAGUGAGGCUCUUAUUCUUAAAUUCCCCUAUGGCAUAUUGAACGUACAUCCAAGUUGCCUCCCGAGGUGGCGGGGCCCAGCUCCCAUCAUCCACACUGUGCUCCACGGAGAUCCCGUCACCGGAGUGACGAUUAUGCAAAUCAGACCUAAGAGGUUUGAUGUAGGCCCAAUUCUCAAGCAGGAAACCAUCCCUGUGCCACCCAAGAGCACCGCCAAGGAAUUGGAAGCAAUGUUGUCAAGACUGGGUGCCAGCAUGCUUAUUUCAGUUUUGAAAAAUUUGCCCGAAAGUCUGAAGAGUGGAAGGCAACAGCCAGCGGAGGGGGUGACAUACGCGCCUAAGAUUUCUACUGGUACCAGCUGUAUAAAAUGGGAAGAACAAACUUCAGAGCAAAUAUUAAGACUUCACCGUGCUGUUGGAAGUAUAACUCCGCUGCAGACACUCUGGAUGGAGAACGCCAUUAAACUCUUGGAUUUGGUAGAAGUUAACAGUUCAGUCCUUGCUGAUCCCAAUUUACCAGGACAGGCUGCUGUUCCAGGAUCAGUAGUAUACCACAAACAGUCACAGAUGCUGCUGGUCUGUUGCAAGGAUGGCUGGAUUGGUGUCCGAUCAGUAAUGCUUAAGAAAACACUUACAGCUACCGAUUUCUACAAUGGAUAUUUGCACCCGUGGUACCAGAGAAAUUCCCAGGUUCAACCGAGCCAUUGCAGAUUUCAGACUCUCAGACUUCCUCCAAAGAAGAAGCAGAAAAAAAGUGUUGGCGUGCAGCCUUGCAUUAAGUAGUUAGGAAGAGGGUGGGUAAGGCUUUAUUACAUAUUUGUAAUUUGUAAAAAGCCUUUUUAGAAGGGACUACCUUGACUUUCAAAGAAGAUGACACUAUUGGAGAAAGAGGAGAUUUUUGUCAAAAAGAUGGAUAGCUUCACUUUCCAUUUUAUUGUUUAAUAGUCACUAAAAGUGUCCUUUUCUAAUUAAAUAACAAAAGAAGUUUAAAUAAAAUUUGUAUUUAUAAUGUCACAUUUAAGAAGAUAA